UUUUACAAAACUAAAUAUGUCAACACGAUACUACCCACUAUAUCAAAAAGGAAAUCCACAACUACGUAUAUUUCUUCCAAAUUUUUGGAUGAAGCUUGUCAAGCCACAAUUUAAUAAUCCUCCAAAUAUCGUAGAAUUUCAUUGUUCUAUGCAAAUGACAAGACUCGAUAUUAAAAAUUACUUGGAAAAAAUUUACAAAAUACCUAUUAUCAAAGUGAAUACGAGAAUAAAAUUAGGAAAAUUCAGAAGAAAUGAGCUAAAUACUGUAAUAAAAGAUGAAGAUAUAAAAGUUGCAUACGCCCAUUUACCAAGAUUUGAGUCAUUUGAAUUCCCAAAUAUGUUCGCAGAACAAAGAGCAAACAAAGUAAAAGAUAAGCAAACUGAGAAAGAGGUAUCGGAACCAUUGAAAAAAAAAAUAGAGGAGCACAAUAAAUAUAAAGCAGGUUUACCAUUGUGGUUUCAAUAGAUUUGUUGUAUAUUAAAAUGUAAAUAAUAUAUAAUUUAUAAUAAUUAA